AUGGCGUCUUCAGCUACUAAUGAGACAGUAUCGAAGAAGCGUAAUGCUUUUAGCGAACUCAUGAGUCCCAAACCUAAGAUACCUAAGGGCACCCCAGCCCCAAAUCCCAUGCCAUCUUCAACAACAUCAGAAACAGCAGAAAACAUUCCCCCAAGCCGCCGCGACGGCCUGGGCACCUACAUCGCGAAUCCCGCCUCCUUCCCACCUACCGUCGUAAUAUCGCACAACCCAGACUACGUCACAAUCCGGGACCUCUACCCAAAGUCCAGCAUUCACCUCCUAGUCCUUCCCCGGAACCCAGCCAAAUCACACCUCCAUCCCUUCGAAGCCUUGGAUGGUUCCGACCCCAGCUUCCUCACCUCUGUCCGUGCCGAAUGCGCCAAAGCUAAAUCCCUCGCGGCAUCUGAACUCCGCCGCCGCUUCGGCAAUUUCUCCACCCAAGACCAAGCGCGUGAGGCCGCACUGUCAGCUGAUCCCGCACCUGACGAUCUCCCGCCAGGUCGCGACUGGUCCGCUGAAAUCAUGGUGGGCGUCCAUGCCGUCCCUUCCAUGUCACAUCUGCAUAUCCAUGUAAUAUCUAUGGAUAGACAUAGCGACAGGCUCAAGCACCGGAAACACUACAAUAGUUUCUCAACGCCUUUCUUUGUGCCAUUGGAUGAUUUUCCCUUGGCAGACGAGGAUGACAGGAGGUGGCCAGGCAGGGAGGGGUAUCUGAAGAGAGACUUCAGAUGUUGGAGGUGCGGGAAAGGGUUUGGAAAGGAGUUUAAGAGGUUGAAAGAGCAUUUGGAGGAGGAGUUUGAGGAUUGGAAGAGGGAGUGA